AUAUACAUAUAACAGUGACUCUUCCAGCUUACGGCGGCAAGAUAAAAACAAAGAUAGAAAAAGGUUAAAGGGGCACGAGAGUCACGCAAGGUGUUUGUUUACCUUAAGUACGUAUUAUAAUCGGGAAUUAUAUCGAGAAAUGGAGAAUAGCGGUGAAAGCGGAGACGAUGGUGGUCCUUUAGGAUCGACUGCAUUCCUGGGAGGAGGUACUGUUGCGACGUCUUACAUUGGCGUACAAUCGGAUAUGGAAGAUGACCCUGAAAACACGGAUGAUUCCAAUCAUGGUACUGGAGAUCCUUUGCAAAGUCCUGGAGUUUCCACUGGCGGUGGACCACUUCGUGAGCAGGAUCGCUUCUUGCCAAUAGCAAAUGUUGCCAAAAUCAUGAAAAGAGCCAUUCCGGAGGCUGGAAAAAUAGCUAAGGAUGCGCGUGAAUGUGUUCAAGAGUGUGUGUCAGAGUUUAUCUCAUUUAUCACGUCAGAAGCGAGUGACAGGUGUCACAUGGAGAAACGUAAAACUAUAAAUGGUGAAGACAUUCUGUUUGCCAUGACUAAUCUCGGUUUUGAUAAUUAUGUUGAGCCUUUGAAAAUGUAUCUGCAAAAGUAUCGUGAGGCAACAAAAGGUGAUAAUCCUCCCAAUACUGGAGCAACAACCGGCAAUGGAAAAACAGAGCCGCAAGGCAUAUAUGAAGAUCAAUUAUUUGCCAUUACUGCAACAGCAUCAAGCGUAACCAGCGCUGAUACCCCUGUCAUAUAUAGUUAUUCAUCCAAUGAGCAGAUGCAGUUUCAACUUUCCUGAUCAUUAGGUAUUAAAGUGAUAUCGAUAUAAUGUAUUUGUUCUAAGACACACUGUGUGAUUUGUGAAACAGAUCAUAAGGACGAUUGCGCACAGAUUACAAUUUCGUGGAAAAGAAAAAUGUUUUUUUCCUAACAAUAUGUGGGCAGCAAAGUAUAUUAAGUUUUAAUGUUAAGUAUGAUUAUGUUAAGAUUUGGUCAAGAAGUAUCGCAAGUUCGGGUAACUUUACAUACCUUUGUAAAGAAGCAACUUGUAAAUGUGAGUAAAUAAACCAGGAGACUGAAGAAAGAUA